AUGGCGGCUCUAACUCCCUCCAUUCUUCCCUACCCCUCGGUUCUCUUCCCCUGGCUCUCCGAUAGAAGUUUCCCCGCAACGAUUACCACUACUGUCAGCGGUUUGCCAGAAGCAGCGUCAUUGUCGUGGUCUCCUUCUGAUUCAAACCAUGGCACCGGCGGUUUCACCUCCUUGCUCUCCCUCCAUCCAUCCACCACUAAUGUCACUGCCUUCCUCCCGGCCGCGUCUUCCGCUGCGACUUCCGGCGCCAAUCUCUCCGCAACCGACGCCGCGGUGGCCGGAAUUGGAGCCGCUUCGCGCGGCAAUUCCCCCGAGCUUUUCUCAUCCGUCGCAUUCUCUCCCUUUCCGACCGUCUCCUCCAAAAUUCUCGGCCCGUCCGCUGCGCCACCGCCGCAGCCGCCGGCGCCGCCUCCGCACUUUAUAGAUUCGUUCUGCCAGCCGCAGUUUAACGGAUCGUGGGCGUCGAUUACGAACGAGCUCGGCGCGUUCACGCCCUGCUUCAUCGACAUUGUCGUACUCGGUACAGCGUACCUCGCUAUGAUUCUUCUAGCCGUGCUGCGGCUGUACGUUCUCUACACCACCCCGCGCGCGCAGCAGCGGGCUGUUGCGCCCGGGUGGCGCGGGGAGCGGGGAAUCGUGGCGGCUGCCGCGCUGGCGCUGACGUGUGCGGUGGUCCCGCUGAUGCAGCUGAGCGCUCGCGUGUCCCUGAGCUCUUUUUUUAAAGACGCUGAUUUACCGCCGUAUGAGGUCUGCUCCUUGAUCCUCGCGUUCCUCGCCUGGGCGCUCACAGCAACGGCGCUCUUCUGGGAGAGGAGGCGCAUGGCAGUGAAGGGCGCGUGGCUGCUGCGAUUCGCAGUGCUCUACGUGAUGGUGGGGCAGCUGGCCAAGCUGCGAUUCGUGCUCAUUCUGCAGCAGGACUUCCAGGCUUUCUUUGUGGAGCUAUUCUUUGGCUACACCUCAGCCCAUGUGCUUCUAGGCCUGCUCGCGCUCUUCUUCUUCCCCACCCUGCUACCUCUUGAGCACCCUUCUCUCGGCCUCUCCUCCUCCGCCCUCUCUCCUUCCCUUGCACCCACUCUGUACCUUCCCCUCUUCCCCUUCCUUCCCCCUUGCUUGCCCCCCCAGGUGCUCCUAGGCUUGCUUGCACUCUUCUUCUUCCCCAGCCUGCUCCCUCUUGAGCACCCUUCGCCCGGCCCAUCCUCCUCUGCCCUCUCUCCCCUGCUUGUACCCCCCGUGUCUGACGUUUGGGUGGAUGACGCCGCUCAUGGCCACGGGGUACCGUGUUUUGAAACGUCUCAACCCCCCGCCCCUCCUCCUCCCUGCCCCUACCCCUCCUUUUCCCCAGGCCUAACGUUUGGGUGGAUGACGCCUCUCAUGGCUACGGGGUACCGGCGCCCAUUGGAGGACAACGAUGUGUGGCGGCUGAACGAUGGGGACCGCACUGCCACUGUCUAUGGCAGGUUUGAGCGCGUGUGGAGGGAGGAGGAGGGGCGCCCCAAGCCGUGGCUGCUGCGCGCUCUGCACUCCUGCUUUGGCCGCCGGUUCUGGUGGGGUGGUUUUUGCAAGAUCGGCAACGAUGCGUCUCAGUUUGUGGGGCCGCUGAUGCUCAGCCGCCUGCUGUCAGCCAUGCAGUCAGACGAGCCUGCAUGGCACGGUUACAUCUACGCCACCAUCAUCUUCCUGGGACUGGUGGGCGGGGUCAUCUGUGAGGCGCAGUACUUCCAGAAUGUCAUGCGUGUUGGCUUCCAGCUGCGACAAGCCAUGGGCGCGGAUGAAGGUGGGGAGGUCGCGGUGAUCGUGAGCAGGCGACCGCGAGGGCGCGGAGGUCAGUCGCGGCGGCGCGCCGGCCGGCCGCGAGAGCGCGAGGGUCGGCCGCGGCUCUGCGUCGGCCGUCCGCGUCAGCGCGAGGGUCGGCCGCGGCUCCGCGUCGGUCGUCCGCGUCAGUCGCGAAGGCCGGCCACAGCUCCCCGUCGGCCGUCCGCGUCAGUCGCGAAGGCCGGCCGCGGCUCCCCGUCGACCGUCCGCGUCAGCGCGAAGGUCGGCCGCGGCUCCGCGGUGGCCGUCCGCGUCAGCGCGGGGGUCGUCGGCGCUCGCGCGCUGGCCGUCCGCGCUGGCGCGCAGGUCGGCCGCGGCUCCGCGCUGGCCGAGCGCGUCGGUGCGCGGGGUGAUCGUGGCCGCGCGCUGGCCGAGCGCGUCGUCCGCGACAGCGUGCUUGUCGCCCGCGACGGCGCGCUUGUCGUCCGCGACGGCACGCUUGUCGUCCGCGACGGCGCGCUUGUCGUCCGCGACGGCGCGCUUGUCGUCCGCGACGGCGCGCUUAUCCACCCCCCGAUAUAUUCUUCCUCCUAUCUUGCCAUCCCUGUCCGGCCGUCCCAUGCGCAGGUGGCAGCGGUGUUCAGCAAGUCCCUGCGGCUGAGUCACAGUGGGAGGCAGGGCUUCAGCACGGGGCGAAUCACCAACAUGAUGACCAACGACGCUGAGUCCCUGCAGAUGGUGUGUCAGCAGCUGCACGGCCUCUGGUCGGCGCCUCUCCGCAUCCUCGUCUGCAUCUUCCUGCUCUACCAGCAGCUGGGGGUGGCAUCUGUGCUCGGCCUGCUCAUGCUGCUCCUCAUGAUCCUCGCUCAAGCAGUGAUUGUGAACAGGGUGCAGAAGCUGGUGAAGGCAUCACUGCAGCGCAGCGACAAGCGAGUGGCGCUGAUGAGUGAGAUGCUGGCAGCUAUGGACGUCGUCAAGUUGUACACGUGGGAGGAGAGCUUUCAGAGCAAGGUGGCGCGGGUCCGAGCGGAUGAGAUGGGGCAGAUCUCCAAGGCGCAAUACAUCAUGGCGGUGGGUUGUGUGCGGUAUGACAAGGUGGAGUGGACGAGAUGGAUUAGGUUGUGUGCGGUAUGA